AUGGAACGAAAGAGAAAGUUACCAGCUCGAGCUGCUCGAGUCGAAUCCGCCAGCAAGAAGCGGACCUCAACUCCCCCAGAACCACGAACCCAACCGACACCACCACCUGCUCCUCCAGUGGUCGAGGAAACUCUGCCACGAAGUAUUAAUGCUGGCAAACCUCUGCCUACCAUUGCUGCUCCUCAACCCGAGGACCUGUCGUCAAAAGAAUAUCAGUCCAUCUCGGAAAGUGGAGUUCUAGUAGAGUCUCUACGUCGGUCACGAGCAAAAUGGCUGAGCGAAGGAAUCUUUGAGAAAUAUUGGACGAAGCCAACGGCGAAGAAUAAGGGGACUCCAGCAAUGGCAAAUAACCCACCGAAAGACUCAAUGACGAAGCUUGGGACUUGCACGAUCACCGUCGAACCUCACGUUUUCGAAGCUCAAAUGUGGGCAAUAAAAGACCCUACUCCGCGGGCAGCCAUGCCACCAACCACCCAGCAGCCCAUGUAUCGUCCGAUCAUCCAGUAUGGCCCUCCUAAUGGGGUUAUGCCUCCUCCACCUAUGCCAGCACCUCCUCCCAAACAAGUCCCACCAGUCCAGCCGACAUAUCAACCUCCUCCCAAACCACAAGAUACCCCGAUGAAGAAUUCUUCAAGCCCUGUUCCUGCAGCCAGUGCACCUCCUGCCAGCCAUCCACCACAUUUGAAUGGCGCGACUCCCAAUAGCCAUGCGCCUACAAACAUGAGCCCGAACGCGCCACCUGCAAACGCUCCAGCUCCACCACCAGCUCCACUACCAGCUGCACCAGCUACCAAGAGCACCGAUCCAGUAAUUCAGAUGCUUGCUGAGAGAGCUGCGACAGACCCUGACCUGAAAGCGCUCAUGAGGAUUGUGGCCAAUGGAGAAGCUUCACCUGAUGAGCUCAAGAAAUUUCAAACACAUAUUGACGAGCUCACUCGUCUGCAGAGAUCACGACAAUCUGCGAGUCAACCUCCAUCGCAGUAUCAACAUCCACAACCUCCCCCUCCACCUCCUGCAUCUGUUAACGGCAAGGAGGCUGUACCGUUCUGCCCAAAUCCUGCUCCUAAUCCUAGCCCAAUCGCGAGGGCGGCUCCGCCAACCCCUGCACCUCCACCAGCAGCGGCCCCCAGACCCGAGCCUCAGUAUCAACCACAAUCACAAGCGCUCCGAUCGAAAGGGCCACUACCUUCAACAAAGCCAGACAUCUCCGGGGUCGUGUUUGAAUUUACUGGUGGUUCUGGAGAUCGGUUUCUUUUCCCGAAAUUCAGCAUUUUGGAGUAUUUACCGCAAGGCCAAGUCAUCGCAUCAUUCCUGAUUGUUAGGAAAGGCAGCAGCAGCGAUUCACCAAGUUAUGAUCCACAAUUGGAUUAUUAUCAACCAAUUACAAUCCGAUUAAUCGCACAUCAACCACGGCAGCUUGACGCAUUACAAAAAGUUGUUGCUCCCCCUGACGAGGUUCGGAGAUAUAUGGAUGAUAUCAUGGACAACAUGACGAGAGCGGAAUACGUGUUACUAGCUAUGCGUCUACCAAGGGAGGUUGAGCAAGUAUCCGCAGCGAAGGAGAAGGAAAAGGAGGUCGAGAAGGAUAAGACUAUCCGCAUGGAUAACCAGAUACUAUGGACGACGACCAAUCCAACACCGCCAGUACAGAUGCAGCCAGCGAGGAAGUUGCUUACCGAGGAGGAGAAAUACCAGACUUUUAUUUCAACGAUCAGCUAA